AUGCCACAGGCUUCUCGCCAUCGACGAGUCGUCACGGCACUAGCUUUGAAUGUACAGGACCGCCGCAACCGCGCCCGCGCACUGCUGGAGACCCGCCAGCGAAAAGCCGCCCUCUUAGCCCUUGACGCACCUAACGUGGCGCACCGACUGCAUCUGAUGCAGCCGCCGGAGAGGAUUAUGGACAGCUGCAGCGCUGUGGAGGCGGCGCCAAAGACACCGGAGCCAACCACUGAGGUGGAAGACUCGGCGCUGCAGCAGCGGCGUGGGCCCGUGUCAUACGAGCAGUGGCUCGAAGAGGGCUGCCCAGCGGAUUUCUGGCGCCCGCUCCUGGAGGAGGAGCUGUACAGGCCACUCGAGGCGGAGCAGUUAUAUCUGGCGACAAAGUACAGCCUCGCAGCGAAGGGUGGGCAGAGCACGAAAAGGUCUACCCAUUCGAUGGGCGCAAGGAGUGGAUUGCGCGAAUAA